AUGUUUGACGAAUUUGCUGCUCCACCAUCGCCGGUGGUUUUGAAUGCACAAGCUGUUAGUGGUAUAUUAGGCUCCAUAUCUAUUGCCUGCUGGAUCAUUGUUUUUGCCCCACAAAUAUAUGAGAACUUUUGUCGUAAAAGUGCUGACGGUCUUUCACUACUUUUUGUUGUUCUUUGGCUUAUCGGUGACAUUUUUAAUGUCAUUGGUUCCAUUGCUCAGAAUGUUUUGCCAACCAUGCUUAUUCUUGCGAUAUACUACACACUCGCCGAUAUUGUUUUAUUAAUACAAUGCCUCCUCUACGGAGCCCACAAAAAAGUCGAUCCAAUCCACUUGUCUCCUGCUAAUCCUUUAUCUGAAGAUGUUUUGGAUGAAAUGAUCAACUCGUCUGAUAGCACCAUCGAUGAAACCCGUCAUCUCUUGGCAACCGAUAGCGAGCGUCAAGCACCAGCUAAAAAGAAGAAGACCACUGCCACUUCUAAAUGGAAAUCGGAUUUGUAUAAUUUCAUCUUGAUUGCUUUGGUAUUGGUCUCUGGUGUUCUUGGAUGGUACAUUUCUUACAUUAGAUCAAGCCAUCAUGACACAAAUACCCCACCGGAUCAUAAUCAUGACAACCGUGACGAUGUCGAACUAGAUCCUAUCGGCCAGUUCUUUGGAUACUUGUGUGCCGUGUUCUACUUGUGCUCUCGUGUUCCUCAAAUCGUGUUGAACUUUAAGCGUAAGUCUUGUGAUGGCAUUUCCUUUUUGUUCUUCUUCUUUGCUUGCAUUGGUAACUUCUCGUACGUCGCUUCCAUUUUAUGCAUUGGUGUCAGCUGGCACUACGUUGUCGUGAACAUGAGUUGGUUAAUUGGUAGUAUUGGUACUUUAUUUUUGGAUGCUAUUAUCUUUGUCCAAUUUUUUAUCUACAAUGAAGAAAAAAACACAGAUGAUUACGAAAGUAUUAAUGAUGAUGUUGAAGAAUAUCCAUAA